AAUGAAAUUAAAAACUUUCUUCUUUUUUUUAUGAGGAAACUGAAGGAUAUAGUUUGACUGGAAUCACUUCCACUGGUACCAGAGAAGAAGGAAUGAACAGCCUGGGUUGUCUGCAGUGAUUCAGUCAUAUCGUCUAAAGUAACAUCCUUGUUUGCUAUAUGAUGAACCUGCUCAUGUGUUUAGCCUGUCUGCUCCUGGCGCUAACCACGGUCGACAGCCGAGCGCUUAUGCAGAGCCGCAUAAUCGGCGGCCACGUCGCUGCACCGAACUCCAUCAGAUACAUGGUGUCUCUUCAGAGAUCAAGCCGCCAACACUUUUGUGGGGGAUCGCUAGUUCACAGGUACUGGGUUCUGACUGCAGCGCACUGUAACAUCGGGGCAGAUCAGAUGAUGAUAGUGGCAGGCGACUACAAAGUAAAUAUCUUCGAGGGUACUGAGCAAUACGCUAAACCCCACAAGCUGGUCGUUCAUCCCUCAUACAACAGCAGCACCAACAACGCUGAUAUCAUGCUCAUCAAGUUGCGUGCCCCUAUGGUCCUGAACAAGUUUGUGUCGCUGGCGCCUCUCCCCAGACAGGGCACAGGCGUGGUCGAAGGCCACCUGUGUCAGGUGUCUGGAUGGGGCCACGUCAGGGUGGGUGGAGGACAGGUCCCUGUUAAGCUCAGGACGGUCACAGUGCCCAUUGUUUCAGCCGCGAGAUGCAACGGCAGCGACUCCUUCAAUGGCAACAUCACGGCGAACAUGAUCUGCGCCGGCUUCCCGUCCGGAGGAAAGGAUGCGUGCAAGGGAGACUCGGGCGGGCCGCUGGUGUGCAGGGGCCGGGUGUACGGCAUGGUUUCAUGGGGCAACGGCUGCGGCGAUGCUCAGUUUCCAGGCGUGUACACCGCUGUGUCCAGAUUCCGCCGCUGGAUAGAUCAAACCAUCUACGGGCCACACCUGCGCUGUUUCGGAUACAGAUGAAGCUCCGAGAGUCAUUCUGUCAUUGUUGUCAGUGUAAAAAGAAAUGCAUCCUCUGCUCUAAACUAUUAAAGCUUUAGUAAAAAGUCUGUGUCAACUAAAAUCAUUACUGGAUCCCCUGCUGGGCUGUUUACAUGCGUCCUACUGUAGUUCACAACCUGUAAGAAAUUGCAGAUUUAUGACAAUAAAUA